GCAAUUAUUUGAUGUUGGUCGAUGCAAACUGUGAAGGCGUCGUUGCGUGACGGUGCCACUUUAUAAACACAACAAGUUGCCUGACUUGAUGGCUAUGUAUAGUCAUUCGAGAAGCGGUGGAAGUGCUCGAGUACAGGGACUUUGUUUACCGCGAUCCUCAUGCCAAGUUAUGGAGGACUUCGUUGGACACUGACGACGUGGUUUUGGCCGACUUCGGCGAGAUCGAGUUCAAGCGCUUGCGGUCAACCGAUGGAGUGGUUGUUGGACGGCAUGAGUGUGGUCAAGCGUUCCUCCAGGGCGGAUACAUCGCCACCAACGACAAGGUACAUACCACAAUAGCCUUGUUCAAUUUCGUCGUCGUCUGUGUGUAGGGUCACCUUUGUGUGAUGCGUUCUGCCACGGUCCCACCCGCUGUCGGCGACAAGGACGAAUGUGAGACCAACAACAUGGAAAACCCCACGGACUAUACACCGCGACCAACUCCGCGAGGAGGCAAGCGCGAUGCCAUCGACCUCCGCGGUUGCUUCUUGCAAACUCAAGACAUGCCGUUUGUCACGACCCCCCUUGGCUCCAAUUACUUUGUCCGGUCCAUCAACCUCAGUGGCAACGCACUUGAUGACGCCAGUGCGUUGCUCCUGGCCACGGCGUUGACCUCGAACGGAGCGCUGGAAGAGCUCGUGUUGAGCUACAAUGUUGUUUCCAUCGACGGGUCGCUGGCUUUGGCGGCAAGUUUGGCGACCAACCGCCAUCUUCGCCGGCUGGAUUUGUCCCACAAUCGAAUCGGCAGCUCUGGUUUACACGGGUGGCUCACACUCAAGCAAAACACGGCCCUGCAAGACCUGGUGCUGAGCCACAACCGAGACAUCUCGGACGAAGGCGGGGUCAAUGUGCUUCGGGCUGUAGCGGCCGAACCACUGUCUCUACAUGAUCAAGUAAAGCUCGAUCUUCUGCGAAAGAGCCAAACACACACGUACCUGCCGAACCUCCUCGACGCCCCCGCGAACGCCACCCUCCGGUCGCUGUGUCUCUCCGAGGUAGGGCUGUCGGUCCAAUCUGCCCUUCGCUUGGCACUGGUCCUCGAAGUCAACACCGUCUUGACCCACUUGGACGUGUCCAUGAACGGGUUUGCAGACACGAGCAAUGUGGCUGUGACCACAGCAUUGGGCCGGAAUCGAUCCCUCACACUGUUGAACUAUGCUGCCAACCCCCUGUCCGACGCAGCCGCUGCCAUCAUGGCUGCCAGUCUGGCGACUCAUCCCGCCCUCGUCACCGUGCAUUUCAGCGGAUGUUUCGCGGGUCCACACGCAGGCACCUACGUGGCUACGAGCUUAACUGCCAACCACACGAUCACGUCCAUGGAUCUUAGCGGCGGCAAUUUGGAACCGCCAGGGGUUGUCGCACUGUGCAAAGCCAUCGGUGACAAUCAAACUCUUCGGCGACUGGAACUGACAAGUUCUGGACUCAAAUCCGAUGCUGUGGUGGCUGUGUUGGCGCAAGCGCUCGAACGCAACACAAGUCUCACGUGUUUGCAUUUGGGCUACAACAAGAUCACGCUGCGGGGAUGUAAGCUGCUAAAAGAUGCCAUCGCAGCCAACAAAACAUGCCAACUCACGGACGAGACUCUGCUUCUCGAGGGAAACAGCGGGGUCAAGUCCAAAAGCGGCAACGUCGUCAUCGCUGGAGGCCACUUGCUCGGCCCGUUGAACUCUAUCGGUAGUGGUAAUCGGACUUAACAAUGGGAUUCAAAGCACGCAACCCAUGAAACCCUUCAAACGUCGUGGUCGAUGUACAUAAUUGCCACACUUUUUCAA